AUAAAAAUGUUUUCAAUUAGAUUAAAGUUAUAUAAAUUUAAAAUUUUCUAAAAAGAAAGUGUACAUGCUAAAGAAUCCAUAAAAAGACUUUCUAUAUUUAAAUUUCUACUCAUUAAUAAAAUUGAUUAAGAACCAUCUAAUCGCAUAUUUAAAACACAGUUGCAUUAUGCAUAAUGGAUAUAAAAAUGUAUUAGAAUUUUAAUUACUAAACAGAUGGAGUGCAUAAAAACAAUAAACUACUUUUCAAUUAAACCCCAUACAAAAAGAUAUACAGAAAUGACUGGUACAUUGCCAGCUUUGGAUAUAGGAAAAGAAAUAAUAAAAAUCAUGCAGCCCGUUUUAAAUAUUUACCAAAAGCAAUAUAUAUUUAAGUUAUUUAUUCCAACACAAUUUGCGCAUAGAGUUUUCUUUGCCAACUCUCUUUAA